AUGUCCCUUGUUCACUUCCACUACGACCCAUUCACCGAGUUCGAGCGCCUCUUCGACGACGCUUUCAGUGCCCGGUUCCGUCCCUCUGAUGUCAGCCGAGCUACCGAAAGCGGGUCUCGCGUCGGGACAUUCCGCCCAAAGAUGGAUUUGGUUGAGAGCAAAGAUAGUAAUGAAGUCACGGCUUUCUUUGAUUUCCCUGGCAUGAAGGCGGAAGAUAUCAAACUUGACGUGCAGCAGAACCGCCUCACCAUCUCAGGGGAAACGGGUGCGGAGGAUCAGCGCCAAGAAGGAGAUUACGCUGUGCGUGAGCGCACAUACGGAAAAUUCUCUCGCACCUUGCAACUGCCUGUGGGGACAAAGCCUGAGGAGGUCCAGGCAAAGAUGGAAAAUGGAGUCCUGAAGGUCACUUUCCCGAAAGUUGGAAAGGAUCAAGAGCCCAAGAAGAUCACUAUUGCAUAA